AUGGCAUCCAAGAAGACAAAGGCCCCCACGGCCGACGACAACAUCGACGAUCUCUUCUCCGGCAUCGGGGACGGCACCAAGGCCAAGAAGCCCUCGACGGCGGUCAAGACGAACAAGGGCCCCUCCGCCUCCAAGGCCAAGGGCGACGACCCCUUCGCCGACCUAGAGUCCCAGCUCGCCGCCCAGGACCUGUCCCGACCUCAUACGCCGCGCAUAAAGGACGGCAGGCGCUCCACGGCCACACCUCCCGCCGCCGACGAUAAGGCCUCGACCCUCGUGGGCCGCAAGUCGACCGACAGCGCUCGUAGUCUCAAGGCCAGCCUCACCCCCAGUGCGACCAGCUCCGAGCCGCACGAGUCGGAGAAGAAGGGCGGCGCCGAGCACACCAAGCAGGCCGAGACGCAGCAGGCUGCCGGAGGCGGAUGGUGGGGUGGCUUCCUUUCGUCGGCUACGGCUACGGCUACGGCUGCCAUGAAGCAGGCCGAGGCGGCGUACAAGGAGAUUCAGCAGAACGAGGAAGCCCAGAAGUGGGCCGAGCAGGUCAGGGGCAUCAAGGGACUCGAUGUCGGCACCCUGCGCACUUACGGCGACGAGCUCCGUCAGCGCGCCAUUCCCACGUUUGCCAACAUCCUCCACACCCUGGCCCCCCCCAUCGGCUCGCACGAACGGCUCCUGAUCCACAUCACUCACGACCUGGUCGGCUACCCUUCCCUGGACCCUCUGAUCCACGCCACCUUUGCCCGCGUCAUGUCGCAGGUAGAGGGCGGGGACCUGCUGGUCAUCCAGCGCGGGCACGAGAGCAGCUCCCGCCGGUCGGCCGACGCCUCUGCGGGAUGGCAGGACGGUCCCUGGUGGCGACAGGUUGACUCGCCGCGCGAGCUGGGCCUGAUCAAGGGUCUGGUGGAGGGUACCAAGCUCUGCCGCGCGGGCGCCGAUGCCUACGCCAGCGAGUACUACGCGGCCAACGGCGGUCUGGCAGAGGCCAAGCUGCGGGCCACCGAGGCCGUCAGCGAGACGAACCCGGUCCGCACGUCUGACCUGUUCCUGUCCGUCCAGGCCAUCACGACGGACACCGACAAGGCCCUGUUUGCCCCGACGGCGUCCGCGUCGGCCGACAAGGACUCCUCGGCGGUGCAGGACCAGUCCGAGAACGAGGAGCUCGUCUGCUUCGCCGUCUUCGUCCUCGACCCCAUCCACGAGAUUGAGUACUCGACCAUCUCACAGUCCAUCCCCGCCCGCUGGUCCCGCUGGCUCGACGUCCCCGCCCAGUUCACCCCGCGCACCACCGACGACGGCGAGGGCAGCGGCGACGAGAACAAGCAGGAGGGAGAUGGAAGCUCAGACUAUCCGGCUGCCGACGAGCUGCCCGACGAGAUCAGGGAGAUUAUCGAGAGCGGCGGCGUCGACCCCCGCGAGUGGGUGGCCGAGUGGAUCGAGGAGCAGCUCAGCCUUGCUGUCGGCGUCGUCGCCCAGCGCUACGUCGCCAGGAGGAUGGGCGUCGGAGAGGGCGGCCUCGGCCGCGGCAAGAAGAGGGUCGAGGAUCUGAUCAAUGACAAUGCCGGGGAGGCGGCGAGGGCUGGUCUGCUCUAG